AUCAGUUCAGGAAGCAGUGGAUAAAAUUGUCAGGCGAGUAGGGUCGUUGGAUUUUCAGUGCGUUCCUAUCAUAUCACUCACUGCUCGGGACGGGCAGAGAGAGACACACACACACACACACACACAUACAAACAGGUUUCUCCAGAGUUUAUUUCCACCACAGCCCAAAUCCUGGGUGGAGUCUGCUCUGCGAGUCUGAAUCAUGAAUGCAACUCCAAGUUGACACCAGAGAUAGAACGUAAGAGGGAAAGAAAGAAAGAAGGGGAAAAAACUACUUAUAAAUGAUAUAAAGGGAGGCCAGGGACGCUUACAUACUCGAAAGGUUGUGUUCCUCUCCCUCCCCCCUCUCCUCCUCCCUCUCCCAUCAUGGCCCGCCCCUCCCAGUGCUCCUCGCAGGGGGACAACCCCUUGGACCCGAACUACCUCGAGCCUCACUACCGCGAGGAGUACCGCCUGGCCAUAGACGCGCUGGCGGAGGAUGACCUGGAGGGCUACUACCACUUCCUAGAGAAUCGGGGCGUGCCGGACUUCCUGGCCGAGCCAGAGAUCAAACACAUCCAGCAGACUCUGCAGGUGCCCCGCAUGAGUGUGCAGCCAGACUGCCUGUACCUGGAGGGAGGCUUCGAGGACCCGGACAGCUCCUCGGGAACCUACUGGCCCAUGCAUUCAGACCUAGAUGCCCCUGGGCUGGAUAUGGGUUGGCCCAACUUACGAAGCUUCAUCGGCCCCACCGAGGUCACCACCCUGGUCAACCCCUCCAACCCCAACAUGCCCAGCAUCAAGGAACAGGCGCGCCGGCUCAUCAAGUCUGCACAGCAGGUGAUCGCCCUGGUGAUGGAUGUGUUCACCGAUGUGGAUCUGUUUGCUGAUAUUCUGGACGCUGCUUCACGCCGCGUGCCAGUUUAUAUCCUGCUGGACGAGCUCAACGCACAUCACUUCAUAGCCAUGGUCACCCACUGCAAAGUCAAUCUGGAGCUAGUCAAUUUCAUGCGGGUGAGGACGGUGGCUGGCAUCACCUAUUUCUGCCGCACUGGGAAGUCAUUCAAGGGCCAGGUGAUGGAGCGAUUCCUGCUGGUGGACUGCAGAGCUGUGCUGAGCGGAAACUACAGCUUCAUGUGGUCAUUCGAGAAGAUCCACCGCUGCAUUGCCCACAUGUUCCUGGGGGAGCUAGUGGCCACGUUCGAUGAGGAGUUCCGCAUCCUGUUUGCCCAAUCCCAGCCGUUGGUUCUGGAGAACGCACUGGUGCCGAUGCCUGGGGAGAGCCUCUAUGACUCUAACCAGUACAGAAGCCAUAUGAGGGCUCCACCUGUCAUGAAGCCCAUGCAUUACCUCCAGAUGGAGGGAUCCCUGGCCUCCCAGCACCCCACUUACUCCUUUGACAACAGGAUGGACCGUGACCGGGAUUUGCCACUGCACUUCAGGCGGGAAGACCCAUUCCACAACACCAUGGAAGGGUCCUCCAUGCAGAUGUUCAACAGUAAGUUUGCGCAGUUCAAUAUGGAGCGCUCCUUUAUGGAUCCCGGCAAAUCAAUGAUGGCGACCAAGAAGAUGGAGCUGGAGGCAUACAAGAGGCACAGCUUUGCUGAGGGGACACGUGAGAGCUACUCCUCCUCCAAGCAGUUCAUGAGGCAAAGGGUAAUGAACAACGUGGAAGAAAUGGAGGCCCAGAGCAGCCACUUCCAGAGACAACAAGUCUAUCAGAUCGACAGGCCUUUCGAUCACAACAUGCAAGAGGGGCCGGGCUCGGGACAGGGUAUUUUUGAGAAAAUCAGGAGCAGCCGCAUGGGGUACCAGCAAAUGGAGGAAUUUCCUGAUGACUCCAGAUUUCCCCAGGAGAUGCCCAGGAUGGAACCGCAGGACAUUGGUGGCUACCAAGCUCGGCUGGAUUACGUUCCUUCCAAUGCUUCCAAAGAGGUGAAGCAUGGCUCUGAGAAUCCACUUGUUUCAGGGGAAAGAUGGCAAGGGCAGGCCACUCAGAGGAGCCAAAACAUGGGUCACCCCUACGUCUGCCAAAUGUCCCCGACGCAAAAGCAACCCCCCGAUCAGAACCAGCUGUUCUAUGAGUCCAGCUUGGACAGGCAGCCACAAGAUUCCAGUGGGAAUCAGGGGCUGAGAAAGUGGAGGAUAUCCUCUUACCUCAGUGCAUACGAAGACUCCAGAGAGGAGGGUGCACAGCAGCCUAUAACAGAGCUGGAAGCCUUCAAUGACAGCCCCCAACCUUCAGAAGAGCUGUUUACUGGUCCAGAACCAUCUGUCCCCAGAUUCCUCACAAGAGAGGCUCCAAAGAUGCCCACUUUUAAGCCUAGCGAGCCCCCACGUUUCACGAGGAUGGUUGUUUCAGAGACUGUGAAAGAUUCUCCAGCUUCGGGGUCAACACCAGAAACUGGCGAGGAGACAGAGAGUAAGAAACUAGGGGAGGUCACCCUUUCAAAGCAUGAAUCCAUAAGGCAUAGAUUGAACCCUCUGCUUCAGAGGAGCUCCAGGUUAAGAUCUUCACUGAUCUUCAGUUCGUCCAAGCAGGAGCAGCACAGUUCAUCAUUGCUUACCCAGAAUGAGCAGUCAAUAGGCGAGUCAAAGGAGGAGAAAGACCCCCUUAAGCCCUCAAUGACUAUUGCUGAGAUUCUUGAGAAGAGGAGAUCCAUCGCACGGGAGCCUUUUGAAUUCCAAUUGACUGACCAGAAUAAGGCUAGCACUAAGGUUUCUCCUCUAGUCAACCCACAAAAGGUUCCUCCACCAGAGAAACCAGAAAAAGUUUCUCCACCGGAAGACCUGAGCGAAGUCCCCAGUGGAACAUCAACAGCGACCACGGACAUGGUCAACAUGAAUGACCCCAGUGUCAGACUUUCCUUUUUCAAAGAGUUAGCCGCCAAACGCAAAGCAGCUAAAACAACUGUCGACUCAAAUAGCAAAGUGCCUGAGCCUGCCAACAAAAAGCCUGCAGUUAUAAGCAAUGUAUCUAAACCAGCAAAAACACCAGAGCCACAGCCAGCCACACACAAGGAGGUCACACAGCAUUCCAUACAAAACGAGGUCAAACCUGCUGUUGAAGUAUUUAAUACAGAACCCCCAGCCCCACCUGCAAAGCCAACCAAGCCUCCUCCUCUCAAAGUGUCCUCGCAGACUAUAGUUAUUACUGAUGCUACUGACUCCCAGAAGAGGGAGCUGAAAAAGUCCCGCAGCCAGAGCAGUUCGUCCUUGGCUCGGGGGGAGUCUGUGGAGAAACUGAACAAAGUCCACGGCUCCAACACCUCACUAAAUCUCCUGGAUGAGAAGGGCAAGCAGGAUCCAAAGGCCAUAGAAUUUCUAAAGAAGGGAUCACAAAAGCUCAAAGAAUUCCUCGGACAGAAGGUAGAUAAGAAGGUUGGUGAGGAUAAUUCUUCUGCCCCGCCCAUGGCCACAGUCGCUGAAGUGUCAGAGGAACAGAGUUCCACCAAGACAACUAACGUGGAGAGUCCAGAAACAGUGGAGAACAAAGAGGACAAUACCCACAAAUCCUCUCAGUCAUCCCCACCCAAGAGCAGCCAGAACAGGCUCACAUCCUCCACCUCUAAUGUGCUCUACAGCAGCAACCUCCGAGAUGACACCAAGGUCAUCCUGGAGCAGAUCUCCGCCAACAGCCAGAAGAACAGGAUAGAAAUGGCCAAACAGGCUUCCAACAACAACACAGAAGAGUCCAGCGAUGUUUCUAGCUCGGAGAACAAUUCUCAGUCUGUCCAUAGGCCUGAAAGCUUCCUGACCAAGAACCGGUUUCAGAAGCCGCAGACCAACCCGGAGGAGCGGGACAAGCUCAUCAAGAAGAUGGACAGUAUGCGCAAGGAGAAGAAGGUCUACAGCCGGUUCGAGGUCUUCUACAAGAACAAGGAGGAAGCACCCAAAUCUGGGACGGACUAUGGCUCUGAGGAGGAUGGGAAAACGGACGUCAGCAAGGAAUCGAUGAUGGGCAAACUCAAGCUGGGACUUUUCAAAAGCAAAAAAUAAUGCUGCAGUUCUGAGUACACAAUACUGACAAACACCACUUCAUGCUACGGAAAUAUUGACCACAAUAAUAGUAAUAAUAACAACAAUAAUGAUUUACAGAAAAACUUACAGAAUGAUCUCUGUGUCUUUUUUGCAUAUAUUCUUCCCAAUUUUACUUUCUCAAAGGAAUACUUUGCCACAGCUGAGAUUAUAAUUAACUCUGCAGCAGUUUAUCUGCUAACUUUUUUUUAAAUUCUUAUAUCCUGGAAUGAUGGCAAACCAGUGGCAGGUGACCUACAGACAAAUACACUUAACUUUUUAAUAUACUUGAUUUAUAUUUAGGGCUUCUGAUUUUCGGUUUUAACUGAUAAAACCCGAUAAAACACCCCUGAUACAAAAAAAAUUAAAUUGGUGGAUAGCCAAUAAACACCGGAAAAAACUGUGGAAAUGGUUAAUCAAUUCACAUUGACUUUACCCUUUUCCCAUUAAAAAAUAAAACCUACUACAAAAAUAAUAAUAAAUACAUGUCCCAGUGCUGCUGGGUAAUGUCCUGAUUAGUUCUCAAUACUUUAAACCCGCACCAACUACUGAAUGACAGCACAUUCCUUUAUUUCUAUUGGAGACUCCGCUUGCAAGAUUUAAAACGAGAUUACAGUAUGUUAAAAGCUAAAGCAGAAUUUUUAUUUGGGGGAGAGGGGGAUCACGGUCACUUACCUAACUGAUCUCCCCUCUUAUUUAAAACUCAGGAAAAUUCUGCUGCUUGUUGCUGACUCGAUCCUAGUUGCUACCUUAUACUGGCCUGCUCUUCUUAUUACCAUGUACAGUAGGUACUUUGAAAUGUAUAAACAUAUUUAUAUGGCUUUUCUUUUGGACAUUGUAAUACAGGCAGAAGGUUAUCUACACUACCAGCAAACUAAUGGAUAUCUUCCUCUGCACCUCUGGAGUUUGAAUGUGCUUAUACUGCUCACAGCUGAAGGAAGCUACAAAAACAAAUAACCAACUGCUUUUUAAUUUACUGUUUUACCUGUAUGACAACACCUUGAACAUGAUAGAGGGAGCGGACCCUCAAGUUGUCCUUAAAUACCUGAAAAUCCAGCUGACCUAAUACCCGUGGGCAGGUAUGGUUCAUGCCGGUUUCAGCCUAGAUGCUACGGUACUCCAGAUGCAGAGACAGGUAAAUCCAGUAUUAAUGUUGUGCUGCUUGGAGGGGUUAAGGAUAAUGGAUUUCUCAUUUGAUUUGGGAAUUUUGUCAAUAUGUCUUCAGCAAUUUGUACAGAACAAUGGAAGUGAUUACACUGAACACUAAUUUCUUGUACUAAAUGAGGGCCUGAAUCGUAUAGCUCAGCAGGGUCCAAAAAACAGAUGAGCAAGGAACAAGGGACCAGAAUUUGAACGCUUUUACUCCACUGUUGCACCACCUAGCAGGCAGUGUCCCAUCAUUCAUUUGCUAAUCAUAAUGAUGGGUAAUAUUUACAAAUACAUCUCACAGGGAUGGGCCAGACCUUCCAAAUUUGAUAUAAUAAUUCCACCACACCUUGACCCUACUAGUGCUAAUUUUGGACCACCUAAUGUUACUUCAGAUAUUCCGAAAUUUAGUGCAAUUCAGGUUCUGGGAAAUCAACCAUAGUUUUUCACUCAUCAGUUUUUAGUUCUUCCUUUUUAGGAGAAAUGAGAGGUGCAAAUCUUUUUCACUGGAGCAAAAGCUUACUAAACCUGGUGCAACUAAUACAUGGUCUAACAUGUUUUUAUAUAAUUUAUUAUUAUUGUUAUUGUUAUUAUUAAUAUUUUAAUUCUAAUGAUUUAACCGUUGCCAAAUAGGAUAGGAUUAUUGCAUCCACAUAUCAUUUUCAUAGAAACACUGGGUGCAGAUGUUCAGCAAGGCAUUUGAAAGUAAGUUAUAUCAAGAAAAGCACAGCAGUCUAUUAUAAGUGCCAUAAAAAACUGUAUUAAAUUCACUUUAUUAAAGCCAAUAAAUCUUUGUCAAAGUACUGGGGGGGGGGGGGGGGGGUCGCGUGAUUGGUUUAGUGUAGUUUGAUUACUUUGAGGUCUAUUUUUCACAGUGGACAAAUUGCCCGUAUUGCACAUUUACUAUGGAGUGGGCAAUUUGUUUGUGAUUUCACACAGUGGAAAACGCAGUCCUGGAAGUCUAAGACCAGUAGUGUUAGUGUAACCCAUUCUAGAUGUAAAAUCUGUUUGCAACAUGCUUGAAUUAUGAAAAAGAUUUAAAACCACAACAGAAACCUUAGCAGGAGAUUCUGUAUCUAACACCAAAUUGUUGAAUGAUGUUUACAGCAUGGAGUACUGAGCACUAGUGUGCUUCUUAGUUUACUACUGUAGGUUUUUCCUUCAGAAUGAGAAAUUAUCCAUAAGUAUAUCUUAUACUGUGUUCUAUAUGUCUACUACAAAAAUUCUAAUGCUAAUGAGAAAUGCCAACUGGGUUUUUUUUUGGAUUUCAUUUUUGUAUGUAUUAUAUGAAACGUAUACAGUAGUAUACAGUUUUGUAAAAUGAUAUGUUAGAACAUACUAAAGAACACUGAGAGAGUGUUCUGAAGAACUGUACCAGGGAUCAGAGUACAUCAAAUCUACCCCUAGAUUUACAGUAAGUAACCCAAUACAGCCAAUGGGUGAUUCACCAGGAAAUCGAAUUAAUUGCAAUCCCCUGUGGAAGGUCUUUUACUAUUUUAUGAUCAAUCACAUUUGAAAUUCAUGAAAUGUUUGCAAAACAUAAUUGGCUUAUUUAACAUCUUUUAAUUUAUAAAAGUAGAAUUUAACUCAGUAUUUCUGUAAAUAUAUACAGCCUUAUUGUUCAGUGAAGACACAAUCUGACUUUUUUUCAUAGUUUUUUUUUUUUGUUAGGUUAUGAGGUAUUAUGACAAUAGUGGAUCCGUUUUUUUUUUAAAUAUUAGAUUCACUGCAAUAUAAAAUUUCAGGCUGGAUUAGAUUGAAAUAAGAGUCAACACUCACAAAGCUAUACAGCUUUGGCCAAAAGUUAUCACCCCACUAUAGAAUUAUAACUAAUUUAGCUUCAUAAAGUCGAAUGAAACCUUCUGAAUAAUAUUACAUUAACAUGAAAUACUGUAAUACUGUUAUGACUUCCGGUAGACUUUUGUGGUAUAAUUUGGUAGUUUAUGUGAUUACAUGAUGUUAAAUAAAAGUAUGUUCAUGUAAGAUUUUUUUAUUUUAUUUUAUUAGAUUUUUUUAUCUCGGUCCUAAAAGUCGAGGCGAUGCAAAACUUUCGGCCAUAGCUGUAGUAGUAUCACUGUGAAUGGCUUGCAGUAAGGGACAAUCUCGGUUUUGUUUUACACUGAAUUUAGCAGUAAGUUUAAGACAUUUUGAAACCAUGCAGUUGUUCAGGCGAAAGCCUCUCGUUGUUGUGAUUUCUAGCGGUGCUGUACUCCAGAUGAAUCUGUUUACAAAUUAUUUUGACCAUGUGCUGAUCUGGGACUAAAUGCCACAAAAUCUGUUAAUCAUAGGUACUUAACCUGUAAUCUUUGUUUUUCAUCAUAUCAGUUCUAUUUUUCAUUUAUUAUAUAUAGUGGGGAAAAAUAUCUAUUUUCUAUGUGUGUGUUUUUUUGGAUCAGGUUAGUUAGGUUGAGUGCCUUUUUCACAGUUGCCCCAGAUGUACAGCUAUGGCCAAAGGUUUUGCAUCACCCUGUAGAAUUAACUAAUUUUACUUCAUAAAGUCGCAAACUGCUUUGUAGUUUUCCAUAUACGUAACGAAAAACUGACAAUUGGAAAAUUUGACAUUUCGAAAUGUAACAUGUACUAUUAUGGCUUCCAGUAGACUUUUGCAAUAUCAUUUUGUAGUUUCUUUGAGUACAUGAUGUUAAAUAUAAGCUCUAAGUUAUGUUCACAUAGUCUUUUUUAAAUGAUGUAUCAAUCCUAAAAUUCUAGGUGAUGCAAAACUUUAUUAGUGAUGCGGGGAAAAGUGAAACUGGUGGUACAGCUAAUUAAAGGGACUACAGUUUAUUAAACAAAUAAAACACCUGAGUGAAUCAGGCCCAACAUAUUACUAUCUUAUCAGGAAAAUUCUUAAUAAUGUGUAUUUUUAAUUUCUGUUUUGCCAUUUAUAUGUAUAAUAAAACUAUAUAUAAAAUCAUACCUUCUAAGCAGCAGGAGGUGGGGGUGUCAAUAUUAAUUAAUGUUUUUAAAUGUAUAUGUUCUACAGGAUUCAUUAUAAUUAUUUUGCAGGGUUUCAUAUUAUUCUGAGUUGUAUUUGUAUAUCGAAAGUAAAUCAAGAAAAAUGUACCAGGAUCUGGUAUCAGGGAGUGGAGAAAUUGAAGCACCAGCCGACGAGGGCCAGUGUUCCAACUCCCCUUGUAGAAUUGGAAGGUGGAAUGCUGCCCUGGGGGUGCACACUAUGUUGCAAUGUAACAGCGGGCCAUGCUUUGUGUUCGCUGUCUCUCGAAUACUCUGUAGGCACUGACCAGUUAACCUAUUCAUAAGAUAGCUGAUCAUUCUUCAUAGUUACGCUGGAUCCAUCACCGUAAACACGCAAAAAGGGCUGAAAAGAAACUUGUUCUGGGAUAACAUUUUUGUUCUGGCAUCGCUGUCCUUAUAAAAUACCAAAUAACUUAUGUUUUUUGUUAUUUGAUAAGCCGCUGCAAGAUAGUGCUGCCGUAAUUAAAACUUAAUCCCAGUGUUAAUUAUAAAAUUAGACACGUUGUAGUGAUGGGUCAGUAACAAAAUACAAAGAAUUAUCUGUGAAUCCUCUUUUUUGCACGACUCACUACAAGCUUUGGUGAAAGCUCUGGUUGUCAAGCUUCUGACACACAGAGUUAAAGGACAGAACCUGUUUAUAUUGGAGCAUGCUAGAGCUUUAUUGGGCCUGUGGAUAUAUUGUGGUACAGUAACAGCUGAGAAAGUUUCUCCUGCUUCUUCCAGAAUUGCACAUUACAGAACUACCGUGGGAGGAAAUUGGUUGUACAGAAUAAAGGACCUCAGCUAUUUUUGGCUUGUUUAUUAUUGUCUAAUAAAAAACUUGCUUUACAAGAAAAA